UUAGGUCCCAGGCUGCCACUCUCUGGGUCCUACAUUCUAUAUCAAUUCCUGAACCCCAGCGUUUGCUGUGCCACUCCGAUUGCGGUUAUGUGUUUAGCUUCAGACAGAUAACAUGGUGAAGGGGGCAGGCAUAAACCUAUGGCGCUACUGGUGAAGAAAAAGAAAUCAUUCAUUCAUCUGCAAGAAACUCAUAUGAAAAUGUGCCUGACAAAUCAGCAUAUCAUAAAUAUGGCUGCUGCACAGAUCUCCUGGCCCAUCCCCAUGAGGGCUAUUGGAGCUCAGAAUCUUCUCACCAUGCCUGGAGGAGUGACCAUUGCUGGGUAUCUACACAAGAAAGGGGGCAGUCAGUUUAGCUUAAUGAAAUGGCCUCUCCGCUACAUUAUAAUCCAUAGAGGUUGCGUCUACUAUUUCAAGACCAGUAGCUCUGCCACACCGCAAGGGGCGUUCUCCCUCAAAGGCUACAACAGGGUCAUGCGGGCAGCUGAGGAGACAACAUCCAGCAAUGUCUUCCCAUUUAAGAUUGUGCACUUCAGUAAGAGACACCGCACAUGGUACUUCUCAUCAGCCAGCGAGGAUGAGAGAAGGAAAUGGAUGCGUCUUUUGAGGAAAGAGAUAGACCACUAUAACAAUGAGAAAGAUCUCCUUGUCCUAAGUGAAUCUGACUCUGAUUCUGAGAGUUUCUAUGGCCAAAUAGAGAGUCCUCUGGACAUCACAGAUGCCCCUGAUCAUCCUGAGGCAGAGUAUAGAUUACAAGAUGAAGACAGUGAUGAGGAGGACUAUCUUCUACCUGAUGGACCAGGUCAUUCCAAAGUACCACCUCCAAACUACCCUCCACCUCCUGUCCCCAGCCAUGACAGAGACCACUCUGUCCCCAACCAUCCUAAAGGGCCACCACCUCCAGUGCCACCUCUGCCCAACAAAACUCCCCCAUGUCCAAUUCGCAAGAAACCCUCUCCCCUUUUUCCAGGUCCACCAAUUCACUUAGAAAUUGUAGCCAAAGGCCCUCCACCACCACUGCCAAUCUCUGUGCACACCACACAAAAAUCCCUCUUCAACAGGAUUAACGGGGGAUUGGCGAGUCCCACGCCACCGGCUCCCUCCGCCGCUUGCUUGAAAAAGCUCACUGUGCCGCCCAUAGCUACCCUCCCUGCAUACAACCGAAAGCUCAGCCCCCCAGUGAUUAUCAAGAGCCCCUCCACUUUGCCCAUCUGUCAAGACCUGGAGAACAAAGUAGUGCUGAAUAACAGGGACAAGUUUGGUUUGUUCAACUCACACAACCACAUUCCAGGCACUAAAUCAGCAGAGGAGAGGAAGUCCAACUUACCCACUUCUGGAGGGCAGAAGGCGCUUUUAGUACCCAAGCCCCCGCUGCCUGGUGCAAAGCUCAAAGUCAGUCAGCCAUCUCUCCAAAGAUCUUCACCUGAUGGCCAGAGUUUUCGAUCCUCUGUGGAGGAGAACCCUUUAAAAUUGAAAGUUAAAUCAAAGACCAAUGACGAAAACUCAGACGACAGCGACUAUGAAAAUGUAGAGCUGCCUGACUGUGUCUUCGUGGACACAACAGAGACCUGCGCUGUUGAAAAAUUAUUUAAAGAGACAGCAAGAUCACCCCAGGAUGGCCUCUACUGUAUCAGAAACUCAGGAACAAAGACAUCAAAGGUGCUUGUUGUAUGGGACAUAAGUCUGAAUAAAGCCAGAAACUAUCGAGUCUUUGAGGAGAACUCAAACUUCUACCUGGAUGCUGAGAUUCCUCCCUUCUCAUCUUUGGCAGCUCUUGUGGAGUACUAUUGCCGCCACCCCCUGCCCAACCACGGCUCCCUGUGCCUGCAACAUCCUUAUGGAUACACCUCACCUAGGUGACAUCAUCCCCCACAUCUGCGCAGAGGCAGCCCAUGGUAUCAUGGCCUCAAAUCCACAGGUCUGUGUCUCCUGGACUGCAGAUCAAAUACAACUGCUCCCCCUGCUGGCUGUAAGAUCUCACUACAGCAGAUCAGGCAUAGCUGCCAUAUGAACUAGACUUGCCAGUGAGCGAUAUGGAAAGACAGACAUGGAGGAACAUGAGUUACUGUCAAACAAAAGGACAAUGACCCAUUUAAAAACAGAUGAGUUAGGGAUAUCAACGUGAAGCAAUUCAAAAUGGACUUGAUGGAGAAUCAAGCAAGUUGGAUUUACUAGAUUCAGCAGCUUGAGCCAGGUUGCUGGUGUUUAUGUAGCUAUUUUUACUUUAGCACAUAAGCAUGCACACAGCCCAUAUGUGAGCCUGCUGUCUGCUGAAACACAUGGUUUCAGAAAUUACCAGAAUUGACAUCAACAUACUGUAUACAUACAAGCCUUCUUAACAUCAAUAUGUGAUCAUUAGCAUACGGUAUGGUCCAAAAGACUCAGACCACUACCAAGAACUUGUUUAUUACAUAAUUUACAUAAUAAGUUCUUUAACUGCUUAUUUUUACAAACUUUUUAUUUAUUAUUCAGAAAUAUCUCAUUUAUAAAAGGAUUGUCUGAAAAAUCUUCUUUUAUUAAAAAUAUUCCAGGUGUCUGUAACAAUGUGAAAGAAUCUUAGUGACAUAAUUUGAGCCCAUGUGCUGAAAAAGUAGACUGCACUUCUUAGUAGUGCACAGAGCCUUAUGGACCUUCUGUAUGUAUGCUCUGAAGUGCAAUACACAGGAGACACAGGGAAGGUUAGAUGUCUUUCAGGGUAAACAUAUGAGCAUCUCCCAUAUGAUGCUUUCUGGAAGUCCUUCAGGAUCUAAAAUAGGGACUUUUGACCUAUUUGAUUUACACUUAAAUUGCUAAUUUUGUAUAGAUUGAAAAUUCCUAAUAUAUGUUAUUACUGUAUGUAAAAUAUUCAAUUUAAAAUUCAGCCUGCAAAAAUAUUUCCAUUGUUAAUUAUCUGUUGUCAAAUAUAGCCAUGCUUAAUUAACUCAGUAUGCAAAAAGAUUUCUCCAACCAAUUUUCAGUGUUACACUGUACAACACAUGUCUAUUUUCUGUGCAAAUACUGUAAACAGUUACUUUAAUACAAUUUUACAUUUUA